AUGUCUGCAGAGACCAGCUACAACAUUGACCAGCCUACUAAAUACAUACAGGAUAAUAAGCCAAGUCUGGUCUCAGACCAAAGAGAAGCCUUCAACAAGAUUACUCAAGCAGUUUUCAAUGGGAGUGGUGGCAUCUUCUUUCUGGAUGCUCCAGGUGGAACAGGGAAAACUUUUCUCUUCAAUCUUCUUUUGGCCAAAAUCCGGCUUACAAACAGGAUUGCCCUUGCAGUGACAUUAUCAGGCAUUGCUGCCACACUGUUGACAGGAGGAAGAACAGCUCACUCAGCCUUCAAGUUGCCCUUAAAUCUGGCAAGUGCAGAGGCAUCAACCUGCAACAUUGCCAGGGGUACUGGCAAAGCAAAGGUCCUGCAGGAGUGCCAGCUCAUUGUCUGGGAUGAGUCCACAAUGUUUCACAAAGCUGCCUUAGAAGCUCUUGAUCGCACCCUCCAAGAUCUUCAACAUAAUGACAAAACAAUGGGAGGAGUGACUCUGGUGUUGGCUGGGGAUUUUCAACAGACACUGCCAGUCAUUCCACAUGUACCCAAAGCUGAUGAACUGCAGGCCUGCCUCAAAGCUUCAUACAUUUGA